AUGGCAGCUUUGAAAGGUUACGGCUUGAUCUCCAGUGACUCUGCUCUCCAUUUCCCUCGCCCACAUCGAUUCGAGGGCUACAAGAGAAGGAAUGCUAAAUGGGUCUCUCCAAAAGCAGCUGUUGUACCAAACUUCCAUCUCCCUAUGCGCAGUCUCGAGGAUAAAAACAGGACAAACACAGAUGACAUAAGGUCCCUUAGAGUAAUCACUGCCAUUAAAACACCGUAUCUACCUGAUGGAAGAUUCGACCUUGAAGCAUACGAUGACUUAGUCAACACGCAGAUAGAAAACGGCGCUGAAGGUGUGAUUGUUGGUGGUACAACUGGUGAAGGCCAAUUGAUGAGCUGGGAUGAACACAUAAUGCUAAUAGGCCAUACUGUUAACUGUUUUGGUGGAAGAAUCAAAGUCAUUGGAAACACUGGAAGUAACUCGACUAGGGAAGCUAUACAUGCAACUGAGCAAGGAUUCGCUGUGGGAAUGCACGCGGCUCUGCACAUAAACCCUUACUAUGGGAAAACGUCCAUCGAAGGCAUGACUGCGCAUUUUCAAACUGUUCUUCAUAUGGGACCGACGAUUAUAUACAAUGUGCCUGGUCGAACGAGUCAAGAUAUACCUCCUUCGGUUAUCCUUAAACUCUCUCAGAACCCUAAUAUGGCUGGGGUGAAGGAAUGCGUGGGUAAUAACCGAGUUGAAGAGUAUACUGAGAAGGGAAUUGUUGUGUGGAGUGGAAAUGAUGAUCAGUGCCAUGAUUCUAGAUGGGAUCACGGGGCUACUGGAGUUAUAUCGGUUACGAGCAAUUUAGUCCCGGGUUUGAUGAAGAAGUUAAUGUUUGAAGGUAGAAACUCGGCUUUGAACUCAAAACUUCUGCCUUUAAUUGAUUGGCUAUUCCAAGAACCGAAUCCGAUCGGCGUUAACACUGCUUUGGCUCAGUUAGGAGUUGCGAGGCCGGUUUUUCGGUUACCUUAUGUGCCACUGCCUGUGUCCAAAAGGAUUGAGUUCGUUAAACUGGUGAAGGAAAUCGGAAGGGAGCAUUUUGUAGGAGAGAGAGAUGUUCAGGUGCUUGAUGAUGACGACUUUAUUUUAAUCGGUAGAUACUAG